CCCCCCCCCCCAGGCCAGGCCUGUGCCACUGAGGCAGGGAAGAGACCUGAGAAGCUCCAGGAAAGCCAGGAAAGGAUUCAGAGUCUGAGCCAGAGCAACCUCGCAAGAGAAAGAAAUAAAAAACAGGAGAGGAAGAGGGAGAAGUCACCCAGGCUUGCAGAUGGCUGGAUCCUGUAACCCAAGACCCUCGAAUUCCACCCGAGACUCUUAGAAGCCAGGAAGCAUGUUCAGCAAAGCGGCAGGCCACAAAGUCAACAAGCAAAAGCCAAAUAGCGCUCCUCCAUACGCCACAGUGAGAGCAGUCUGUCCCCGUGCCCCUCUCUCCCUUUUCUCUCUCCUGCUCCACCUGCUCCUCCCAGCUGGACCAGAGGCAGGGACCUGCCAUGCCGCUCCUCUCCGGUAGGGGGCUCCAGGUGCUCUUGGAUGCCUACAUCUUGCAGACAGGUGAAGGUCUCUGAUUGGCUGGCGGGAGGCAUGAUGCCACCGAGCAGCUCUUUUUAAGAGAAAAGCCAGGACGGCGGAGCAGGACCCCGAGCAGUGCUCUCUGUGCUGAGUGGCGGGACGCGCUGGGGAGCUGAAGCCAACAUGAGCGAGCGACAAGGAACUGGGGCAACCAAUGGAAAAGACAAGACAUCAGGAGAAAAUGAUGGGCAGAAGAAAGUCCAGGAGGAGUUUGACAUUGACAUGGAUGCCCCAGAGACAGAGCGCGCGGCGGUGGCGAUCCAGUCUCAGUUCAGGAAGUUCCAGAAGAAGAAAGCUGGCUCUCAGUCCUAGCAAGGGGAUUCCCUUCCUGGUUCACCUGGAGACACCAAGUCCAGCUGUCACCCGUUGAGAAAUUAAAAGAACAAAACCAUAGAGAGAAGUCACCCUCACACCACGCACACACACACUGCAAGCCCACGAUGCAUGUCCAGAACCCGCACUAUUUACGCCCUCCUAGGUGGGGUAGGCAGUGAAGCUGUGAGUAGCUUAAUCUCUGUGUUUGUCUCCAUGACCACCCCCCCCACCCCACAACGACUUUCCUUGAUGUUGUAAUAAAAGGGAGUUAAGACGA